CUGGCGCGUCCUUAUCUAACUUGAAGCAGGCCUGCCAAGCCAGCGCAGCGCGCCUGCGCCAUGGGAGUCCAGGGGCUGUGGAAGCUGCUGGAGUGCUCCGGCCGCCAGGUCAGCCCGGAGUCGCUGGAGGGCAAGGUGCUGGCCGUGGAUAUUAGCAUUUGGCUAAACCAAGCACUUAAAGGAGUCCGAGAUCGCCAUGGGAAUAUGAUAGAAAAUGCUCAUCUCCUCACAUUGUUCCACCGGCUCUGCAAACUCCUGUUUUUUCGUAUUCGCCCUAUUUUUGUAUUUGAUGGAGAUGCUCCACUGCUAAAGAAACAGACCUUGGCAAAGAGAAGGCAGAAGAGGGAUUCUGCAUCCAUUGACUCUAGAAGAACCACAGAGAAGCUUCUGAAAACCUUUCUGAAGAGACAGGCUCUGCAAACUGCCUUCAGAAGGAAAAGAAAUGAAGCUCUACCCAGUCUUACUCAAGUUCAGAGAAAGGAUGACAUCUACGUUUUACCACCUUUACAAGAGGAAGAAAAGCACAGUUCAGAAGAGGAAGAUGAAAAGCAGUGGCAAGCAAGAAUGGAUCAAAAGCAAGCUUUGCAGGAAGAAUUCUUUCAUAAUCCUCAUGCCAUCGAUAUCGAGUCUGAGGAUUUCAGCAGCCUGCCACCUGAAGUAAAGCAUGAGAUCUUGACUGACAUGAAGGAGUUUACCAAGCGAAGACGAACACUGUUUGAAGCAAUGCCAGAGGAGUCUAAUGAUUUUUCACAGUACCAGCUGAAAGGCUUGCUUAAGAAAAACUACUUAAACCAGCACAUAGAAAAUGUCCAAAAGGAAAUGAACCAGCAGCACUCAGGACAAAUCCAGAGGCAAUACGAAGAUGAGGGAGGCUUUCUGAAGGAGGUGGAGUCAAGGAGAGUGGUCUCUGAAGACACCUCACAUUACAUCUUGAUAAAAGGUAUUCAAACUAAGAAAGUCAUGGAUGUGGAUUCAGAGGCUUCUUCUUCCAGCAAAACGCACAGCAUAUCCUUCGACCUAAAGUCGUCACCCCAUGAGAAAGUGAAGCCAGAGAAAGAGCCAGAGGCUGCACCUCCUUCUCCAAGAACAUUACUGGCUAUACAGGCAGCCAUGCUGGGAAGUAGCUCAGAAGAGGAGCCAGAGAGUGGAGAGGGAAGGCAGUCUAGGGAGAGGAAUUUGUGGGCCACUGCAGAUGCAGGCUCCAUUUCACCACAGACGCUUGCAGCUAUUCAGAGAGCUCUGGAUGAUGAUGAAGAUGGGAAAGUGUGUGAGGGCGAUGAUGGUGAGCCAACAGGAAGGGCAGUGAUGAGAGUGUUGGGUGAGGAUGAAGAUGGGGAAGCUUGUGCCAGGAGUGGUGAGCGGGCCGUGAGAGCACAGGCUGGAAACAGGCCAAACCAGGAGCACAGCGAUGGAGUUGAAGUGAGAGGUGGAGGCGUGCCGUUUGCCACAGUUCCUCCUGUACCCACCAUGACUGCCGUAAAGGAGGGCGUGGUCAGCUCCAGUAGUGAAAAAGAACAGACAGCCUCAGCUCAUUCAUUGAACACUGCUUGUCAUGAAGCUGGUGAAUGUUACGCUCCAAAAGAACAAAUGUCACUUAUUCAUGUGGUGAAGGAAGCGUCUCAGAUGAGCAGUGAGCAUGAGGUUGAGAGGAAGCAAGUUCCCCUUCCACCAGCAGGCACAGAACUUCUGUGCAGUGAUGCCUCUGGACUCCGCGGGGAACCUCCAAUUAGAACACAUUCCGAUCAGAGGAUGGACACAUACCCUGAAGAGCCUGAGCUGCAGAAAGGUCUCUACCCACCUGAGAGGAAAUGUGUUUCCUCUCUUUUUUCAAGUGAUGAUGAAACAGAAAGUGUACAAAAUACUGCCUCCAAAGCAUGGAGCACAGUUCACAUCCCUUCAGAGGCAAUGGGUAACUUAGAAAAGGCAUUGUCUUCUAAUGCUGAUGAGCAUGGAGAUUCCCUGAAAACCAUCCAGCAAUGGGAAAUGCCUGAAGCCACUGCCAGAGAAUUGAUUUCAGUCCCAAAGCCCAUGGUACCAGAGGGGAUGGAGUCUGGAGAAAGCGAGUCUGAUGGAAGUUUCAUUGAGGUACAGAGUGUGGUCAGUGAUGGUGAACUUCAAACAGUGUCAUCAGAGCCUUCUAAACCUCCCUCUGAACAAGAUAAAGAGGAACCAAGAGGAACUCUGGAGGAAGGAAUCCCUAGGGACACAGAACACCUCCUACAGGACAGCUCUGACAGUGAGGACUUGGUCAAGGAAGAGCACAAAAAAACUGAUGGAUAUGCUGAGGACUCACCUGAUGAAUGGCAAGAUGUUGAUUUGGAGGAACUAGACAUCCUAGAGAGUAACCUCUUAGCAGAGCAGAAUUCACUGGAAGCUCAAAAACAACAGCAAGAACGGAUUGCUGUCUCUGUAACGGGCCAGAUGUUUCUGGAAAGUCAGGAACUCUUGCGCCUGUUUGGCAUUCCCUAUAUCCAGGCUCCCAUGGAGGCAGAGGCGCAGUGUGCCAUCCUGGACCUCACUGAUCAGACUUCUGGGACCAUCACUGAUGAUAGUGAUAUCUGGCUGUUUGGAGCCCGGCAUGUCUAUAAGAAUUUUUUUAACAAAAACAAAUUUGUAGAGUACUACCAAUAUGUGGACUUUCACAACCAAUUAGGAUUGGACCGGAACAAAUUAAUCAACUUGGCUUAUCUACUGGGCAGCGAUUAUACUGAAGGGAUCCCAACUGUUGGCUGUGUAACAGCCAUGGAGAUUCUCAACGAAUUCCCUGGACGAGGCCUGGACCCACUCCUAAAAUUCUCAGAGUGGUGGCAUGAAGCUCAAAACAGCAAGAAGGUUGCAGCCAAUCCCCAGGAUACCAAAGUAAAAAAGAAGUUACGGAAGUUGCAGCUGACACCUGGCUUCCCCAACCCUGCGGUUGCAGAUGCCUACCUUAGGCCUGUGGUGGAUGACUCCAGGGGAUCGUUUCUGUGGGGCAAACCUGAUGUUGACAAGAUUAGAGAUUUUUGUCAGAGGUAUUUUGGCUGGAACAGGACAAAGACAGAUGAGUCCCUUUUUCCAGUCCUAAAGCAACUGAAUGUCCAGCAGACCCAACUACGGAUUGAUUCCUUUUUUAGAUUAGCUCAACAGGAAAAACAAGAUGUCAAACACAUAAAAAGCCAGAGGCUGAACAGAGCCGUGACAUGUAUGCUAAGGAAAGGAAGGGAAGAGGCAAAUAGUGAGCUGGACAAAGAGGUUGAGGCCCUGGAUAAGACUAAAGGGAAAACCUCAAAAAGAAGCCUAAUGAGCCCAAGAAAGACAUCAGUUCCCCAAAGAAGGAGGUCUUCAGGAAGUGGUGGGUUUUUGGGGGACAUCCACCUCUCAGAAUCACCUGGGGAUUCAAGUGAGGAUGCAGAAGGUUCAUCUGUGAUGUGCACACGACGGAGAAGAACAGCUGAGUUGUCAAAAGUCAGCUGCUCAGAUUUGCCUGACAUAGUGAGAGAUGCUCACGGAAGGGAUGGUUAUAUGUCUACUAGCAGCUCCAGUGAGAGCGAUGGUGACAAAGCCAAGGCUGUGCUAGUGACUGCUAGACCUGUGUUUGGGAAGAAAAAAGGGAAGCUAAGGAGUAUGAGGAAAAGGAAAAGGAAAGUCAAAAUUUAAAAAGCCAGUGAUGUGUAAGAAUAAUGUUUGUAAUGUAUUGAGAGCAUAAGAUUAAAUCUAUUUGUACAGUCUCCAUUUUGAAUGUGUGGUUUUUAUUUUUAUUUUAUUUUUGGUUACUAAAGUUUAUUAAAAAUCAAAGAACAGAAAAACCUUACAUGAAAAUAUGUCUGUUUUAGUGUCUAUAUUAUUAUCCACAAACAAAAUUGAAACAUGAUAUGUUUUGGUCAAACUGUAGCAUAGUUACAGCUGUAGCCAGACCAAUUAAUCUGGUUCACCAUUACAGGGAUAGACAUGUUCCUGUACCUGUGGAAUAAACUUUAAAAUGCACGUUUGUAGAUCACUUGGGCCAGCCCCAGCAUGGUCCUUAAUGAAGAUACAGUCAAUAUUGCUACUGUGUAGAGAAUAGUACACCUAUGAAUCAAUGUUCAUAAAUAUUCCUUGCUUUUUGACUUACUUUUAUUUUACAAAUAUUCUUUAGUAACAGGUUCACGACUUAAAUAGUUUUAAGUAUUUUGGAUGAUUCAAAUCCUCAUGAACUACAGACCCUGGGUGUUGCUCUGCUCUGGAAUGCCUCCCAGAGUCAACAGCGCCACAACAGGCCUGGCGACAGUGAGGGGCAAAGUGUAUGGUUUUAAAACAUGGAUGCUAAGAUGGACAGUGCUACAAUUUGUAUAGCAUUUUCUACUUUAUCAUUGUUCCUAUUGUCUUACCAUGUCUGAAGCUUUGAGACCACAUUAAGGAAAAGGAAAGGGUUUGUAUCAAUGAGUGCUCUCUCAAUAUGCAUUCCCUCUGACUCAGACCUAGACGAGAAGAAAAAUAUCCUUACUUUUCAGUCCACAAUCUGGCAGUUCCAGCAACUCAGUGAUUCUCUGUGUCUCAGUGUUGUUCCAAGGCAGAUAGGAGAGUGCUUCAUGCUUGGAUCAUGGAGGGACAUUGUAUGAUCUAGCAAGUUAAUACUAAAAAAAUUUCAAUGGUUCUUUUUUCCUUAUGAAAUAAGUUAAUAUGUUUGAGAUAAUAGCAAAAGCAAUUUAUUAUUUAGGAUGAAUUGGCACAUCUGUAGUUUACUUAGGAUUAUGACCAUCAUGUACUUUAUAAAGUAACCUUUCAGCUCAUUAAUUUUUUUUUUCUUUAGCUUUAUCUUCAUUUUGCUGUGAAAGCAAUAUAUUCAGUUCUUUAUUUGUAUCAUCUUAAACACAGUUCUUUUAAAGUCUAUGUUUCGGUCACCUAUGAGUUCAUGCUGUUUCUUAGUUUGCCUGGUGAACUUUGGCAGCUGGACUGUGUGUGAAAAACUGGAGAAAUUUUUCUGGCUGUCUGUCCAGAAGGUCUGUGGAGGAGCAGCUGGGCAGAGGUGAGUCUUCCAUGGUUCAGGUCUGGUUUGUAGUCUUGCUAACACGUGUGCUUCUGUUUUCCCCUCAUUCCUAGGAAUGGCUUUCAGGAGGACCAUGAGAGGCUUGGGUGUUUCUAAUUUUUGCUUUUCGUAUCCUUUUGCUUCAGUAAUAAACCAUGUUCCCUGAAACAGUUUAGUUAGCAAACUCUGAGUGUAAAGUCAACACUGAAGACUUCUGUGGCCACUCAUUGUUUUGGGCUUUCAGUUCCUGGCUUCUUUGCCAGCCCAAAAUGUUACUUUGUCUAAUCUCCAGUUCUGUGAGGUUGCCCAGAGUUGUCUGGGGAUAUUUGUGUGUGGUCCUUUUUCUGGUUUCUCAGCCUUUUUGUUUCACCAGAGUAGGAUUUAAUGUUUCUUACUGCUUUGGUAAAUGCUUAAAGGAAGCGGGAGGACACAUUUCACUUAUUGGUAUGCAUGUUUGACUUUGUGAGUUUAUGUGAGUGCAGGAGCCCAAGGAAGCCAUUAGAGGGCACCAAAACAGGAGAUAUAGUUGGCUGUGGGUACUGUGAGCUAAACAUCUGCAAGACCUGGUCAUGGUCAUUGAUGAAUGGUUUCUUCUGCUACAGAAAGGAUUUACUUUAACAGAUUUUGAGGAGAUACAGUCUAUCGUGGUAGGGUAGGCCUGGUGGCAAGUUUGCUCACAUCUGGGCUAGUGAACAAGCUGGAAUUCAGGUUGGGCUGAAACUUCAAGUCCUACCUGUCAGCAACCUACUUUCUUUCUCCAUUGGGGACCCACCAAACAGCUGGGGGCCAAGUGUUCAAACAUGAGUCUGUGAGAGAACACAUAUCCAAAUUUUAGCAACCAAUAAUCAGUAAUAUCUAGAAUUCUUGGCUGCUUUGAUAGCUCUGUGAUAUCAUGAAACAGAAGUGUGUGCAUCUGUGUGGGUGAGAGUGUAUCUGAGUAUGUGUUUAAUUUUGCUUUCUUAAUAGAGACAGAAUCCUUAUGUAAGGCAUAGCUGGAGGCAUCAGUCUCCAUGUACUCUUCAGUGUAACAAAUGAUUAUUGUCAUAUUGGUUAGUAUAAUUGAUUUGGGAGUUCUGCAUAUUAUAAAUCUAGCACUGGGGAUUUCAUGAUCUUUCAAAUACCUCCCUGAAAGAGGUAAAUAAUUUUUAUUUAUCAAGUCAUUAUUCAUUCUUGUUUUAAAUAGUCAAAAAGGGAGUGUUAACUGAGAAAAAUUAACUGCCUUUGCAUAGCAGUGUGAAUUCUUCAGGAUUUUGGAAUUCCAGGAAUGUUUUACAUAUAAUACUUAUUCUCCAAGUACAUACCAUGUACUUUUUAUAUUCCUGUUUUAUAAAUGAGAUAAGCUAAGAAAUGUAGAUGGCCCCAAGUCAUAAGCAGUUAUUACCAUGAAAAAUGAAAACUAGACUUCAUGAUGCCUUGGUCUGUCCUGUACAUGAAAUGGUCUCAGUUCAGCUCUGUGUACAUCAUGGUAUAGAAGUAUUUCUUAGAUGUUGUACUCACAUUCCUAACCGUGUAGUCUUGCUUGGCUUUGAUUUUUCCUGUGACAUUAAAGCUAGUAUCAGUGAAAGGGAAUUUAUGUGUGCCCUGAGGUACAUGCCUAUAUGCUGGUGUGUAGAUGCUCAGAGAACCAUAUCCCAGCUUGCUCAUUCAGCCUCAGUGAGAAGGAAUAGUGGUCAUUUGAUUCUUGGGUACAGAACAAUGCUACAUACAUGUUGGUGUAGUUGUUAGAUUCUAAAAUCUGUUUUCAUAUCCAGAUAGGUGACAUAAAACUGCAUGGUCUCUAUUUCAUAGGACAUCAUAGCCACAGAGUCUUAGAAUAACUCUUGGCAUCAGAAUUGAAAACUUAGUUUGCUUUCUCUUGUGUAGCCUACAUUCUCACUGUAGGAGUGGUGUGUAUUCACGAUCUAGCUGUGUUCCCAGGCAAUCAUGGAACAUUCCUACUGUUCUUCAGCCUUUGCUUUCUGGGCUUUGCAAUGUCACUGCUGCGCAACCAGAGGCACAGAAGCUGCAGCUGUUGGACCCUAAUCCCUUCUGCUUGGAUUUGUUGCCAGGGUAUACAGUAGUGAAUUACCAGCUCUGGAGACAGCCUUGCAGGCAUUACCAGAGGCUUCAGCAGCAAAUCACAACUUGUGGAUGGUACUAUUCACCUUCUAUAAACUCAGCUAACACUUUUAGGUAUGUCCAGCCUUACCAUUGACCAAAUACUCUAGGCAGACAGGUAUAAUAAAUACUCCUUUAAUGAGAGAAAUGGAAAACUUGGGGGAAAAUGUCUUGCUAUUCUUUUAGCUGUGUGAUCACGAUUUUAUUUAAAUUUGUUUUUUAUUGGGUAUAACUGUAGGGAAAUAAUUUGGCUUCUAACUUACAGGGGCAUGCUACAAAGAAAAAGAUGGUAGCUGGGAAAAUUACUUGAGAUCUUUGGAAGAAAGGAGUGUUUUAUUAGUUUAUGGAAAUACUGGGAUUGUUUGGCAUGUGAAGUCAAACUGAGAAGUAGAAAACAGCUAAUUGUUUUCAGAGACCAACAGCCCAUUGUUGUAAACUGGGGUGAUGUGGACUCAUAAAGGUAGAAGCUUACCCAAAACACCACCUGAUGGUUCAGUUAGUUGGCAUUCUAAUUUGUUAAUGUCACAUUGGUGGGAAUGAGUGGAUUGUGUACUCAUUGAUAGAUUUAUUUUCAGUUAAUAGCAUGGUUUAUACUAUACCAAACCAACCUAUUUCUUCCUGUGUUGAAAGUACUUAUUUAGAAUUGAUAUCUUUCCUUGUGAUGGCUGAGGUCAUCUCUGCUGAGGAUAACGUUCUUUUUCUAUAACAGUUUUUAGUUUCUGACCAUGAAGCCAUUGCUCUGAUUCUGAUGGAUACUAAGUAGUGUCUAUGACCUCUCUUAAAUCAUACUAUAAUAUAUGAUAUUUUACUACAAAUUUCUCAGCUACAUCAGAAGUUAAACUGCUACAUAAGUAUAAGUACAUUACUACACACUUUGAAGCAAUUACUAGCAUUUGAUAUUUUAGUGAAUUAUGUGCUUAUUGUUCAGCAAAUGAUCAAGAAAACAUCAACAUAUUAAUUAAUUCAGCAGGUGAUGGAUUCAGGAUCUCAAAAAGGUAAAUAAUUUUGUUUUUUCUUUUAAUUUGACCAAUUCUGAAACCAUUAAUAGAAUCUAAAACCUUACUUUUUUAGUCUUCAUUAAUACUUUAAAGGGAACUUGGAUUUAUUAAUUGCAUAUUAUAUCCUGACUUAUGUUUGCUAACCUAAAAAUACCUUCAGUAAUUUUCAAUGAAUACUGUUAAACACCAGUGGUCCUGAUGAUAUAUUAUGGAUAAUUUUGACUGGCAAUAUUAAUCUAUAGAAGACAUAGAAAGAUUUUUAGAGUUUUUCUUUCAUCUGCAAAAAUUGACAUUUUAAAACAGAUGCUAUACACCAAGCACAUUAUUGUGAUUAUUUGUUAAAAGUUUGAGAGAGAGCAAAAUAAUUCUAUAUAAAAACUAAAUAUUUUGAUCAUGUUUGGAUUAAAGAUGAAUUUAGGCUACAAAGUAUCUGCAACAUGUAUUUAUCAUCUUGAUAUUGAUUUGAGGCAAAAAUACAUAAUGUAAUUUGGGUCCUAGAGGUAAGAAUUUAAACUUGAGUAUCUGAAACUGGCCUACCAUUUUCAGUCUUUCUUGAAUAUGACAUAUUGCUUUUCAUAGGCUACUAAGUAUAAUGAUCUUCAUUGAAAUAAAGGUAUUAAUUCUUACAUAGACUAGAAAAAUUGCAUUUUGUGGAGCAUUUUAACACAGAUGAAAUUCUCUUCCAUUUUCUUUCUGUACCUCUUCUCUAUACAUACUGUAGAUGUUUUCAAAUAAGUUCUUUCUUUGGGCCACACCAGGUUUAACAGGUGGUUCUUACCUAGGUGAGCAUAUUUGCCAACAGAGUUGGGUGCAGCCUACCUAAAUUAAAUGCCAAUGCUUUGCAAACCUAAAGGUUUAGGUUGUAAUCUCAUAGAGAACCCAACUCUUCAUAUAAUUUGAAUGCAGAUGUAAUUUCUGUGUUAUAUAAAUAGAGUCGUGUCAUUUUCAUAGCCAACAAUUUUUGGUUUCAGAUGUGCACAUGAUGAUUUGGCAAAUUACAACUGAAGUGGGAGUAGUUCAAGAUGAGUUUGAGAUAGAGCAAAUGUUGAAAUAUUUUAUAAUAGGAGCAGACACACCCCAUAAUCAUCUGAGUAGCUAAUUACAAAUGCAAAAGUACAUUUAGAUGCAGAGUGCUAAGGAGAUGAAGUGUGUGCUGCUGUAGCCAAGCCAGAUGAUGUUUUGUUGGCAAGGCUUCCACCAAGUAGAGGAACACUGGGUUCUCAAGUACUGAAGAAUCUUUAUCUGUCCUGUCCUUUUAGUAUCGUGGGCUUGGAAAAGAUGGAAUAAGGCCAUAGUUCAGUCCUCGUAUUUCAGUACUUGCAGGAACAUCUGAGAAUUAUAAGAUGACACUUAUCUAUACACAGAUUGAAAGCAGGACUAGGAUGAGGGCUGAAAAUUCCUCCCUGUGUAUGUCUAGUAAUCUAACUUCUCUAAAGCUUCAUUUAUCUUAAUUUUUCUAAAUAUAUCGUGUUGCCUGCUCCUUGCCAUAGCCCCCAGAGCUGCUAGUACAUUUAGCAGAGUGUUGUAAGAUAGCAGCUCCUUAGAAUCUUCAGCUGUGGAGCAAACUCCACAUCCCCACCCAAUACUCCACAAUCCCAGUGCACAGUGAUUCCCAAAUCUAUUGCUCUGGACUUAUGUAGGAUAAAUGGUUGUGGUGGGGGAUCAAGAAAGGAACAGAAGUGGGAAAGCUUUUAGAUCACACCGUAAGUGCUCACAUGGGGGUAGAGGGAGAUGGAUAGAGGGUAGGAAGACCUGUCAAUUGUGUCAGCUGCAAUAUAGAUCAGAGUGGGCUGAUAACAGGAUUCCUUGAGCAAAAGUUGACUGCUAGAAAAGGCAGUAAGAGCCUGGAUAAAGGCAGCAGCCAGCAGAGAAGUCAACUAGGAAGCCUGUGCUUAUGAAGUGGUGUAUGUCACCCAUUGGGGACAGCAAUUGGCAUUAAAUAGUGACAUCCAAAACAAAGUUUUGGAGACAUCUGAGGUGGAUUGGAUUGGUAUAUUUAAGUUCUUUUUAUUUGACAUGUAUAAAAUUGGUUUGUUUAGCAUAUAUUUAUUGAGGUUGCCUUUUUAAACCUUCAGUAUGUAUGAAUGGGUGAGUCUCAUGUUAUCAUUGUAUGUCUCCAGUUAGUAUAGCAAACAUAUUGCUCUAGGCUGCAGCACUGCACCCAAGCCUGAUCUCAAUGUUAGUCCUUGGGCCAAUCUUGUGCAAGGAUUAUCUGAUUGCAAAUGUCAUUUUCUUUAGGAUGCUUCUUUUGAUUCAGCCAACCAACCAGGGUACACCAGGGUACUUCAAAAAUGCCUUUCUUUUUUGUAAUAAUCACCAAAUUUCAUUGAUGUUUAUUUAGCACCUUCCCUUUUUUGAUCCAAGUCUCAAUUUCUCUGUGCAACAAUUUCCAUUCUUUUUGUUUUCCACUUGCAUCUUGAACAAUCCCAAUAAGAAAAGAUUUUUUUCUUCUUUAAAAAUAUAAAAUAUAGUAUUGUUUGGACUGUUUGAUUGAAACUAAGCAGACCAAGAGACUGGAAAUAUUUGUGGAAUCUUCUCAGAAGUCAGUUUCAAACAACGACAACAACAACAACAAAAAACAAAAACAAAAAACAAACCCCAAGAUUCUGAGCUGCCAAAGUGUUCAGAACCAUAUCUUUUAUGCUAGCCUGUGACAGUUUAUGAAUCUGAAAAUAUCUUUUCAAAAAAAUCUUCAGGUUUUCCUCAAAAGCACUUAUCAUUUGUCUUUGAAUAGAAGAUUCAAUUGAAGGACAGUUUCUUUCACUUAGUGGGGUAGUUUGUACUUUAAAUUGUGCUGACAGGUUUUCAUGACAGCCCUCAAAUGGAAGCUUGAAUUCUCUUUUCACAGCUUUUAAAGUCAGUCUCUGUCUCUCUCUGUCUCUCUGUCUCUCUCUGUC